UAUUAGUCUUCCAUAAACAACAUCCGAAAGAUGCUUGUUUUUCAAAUUUUAAUUUAUCUUUUUAUUUUUGUCGUGAGCCAUGCAAGGCACGUUUCCAAAACUUCUGACAUUUGUAAGACGUUAUUAAGUGAAGAAUUAGUUAAUGAAAUUGCAUCUUAUGAAAAUGUAAAAGAAGAGAUUCUUAAAUAUGUGAUGAAGGGAGAAUUUAAGCGUAAAACUUAUGACGAAUUAGCCAAAUUCGUAGAUAAAUUUGGAGCUCGUCCAUCAGGUUCUGAAGUUUUAGAAGACUCUAUUGACUACAUGAUUCAACUUUCCCAAGAGGAGGAUAUUACUGACAUAACCACAGAAAAAGUAGAGGUUCCGCAUUGGGUUCGAGGAAAAGAAGUUGCUACUAUGCUCAAACCUAGAGAAAAAAAUAUUGCUUUAUUAGGACUUGGAAGAAGUGCCACAACACCAGAAGAAGGAAUCACUGCCGAAGUUGUAGUUGUGUCCAGUUUUGAAAAGUUGGAUGCAGCAAAAUAUGAAGAUAUCAAAGGAAAAAUUGUACUAUAUGAUCCAAUUUUCACAACCUACGGCGAAACGGUCGUUUACAGAUCACAAGGAGCUACAAAAGCAGCAGAAAAAGGAGCAGUAGCAGCUCUAGUAAGAUCGAUAGCUCCGUUUUCUAUAAAUUCACCACACACCGGCUCUCAGACGUAUGGUGAGAAUGUAACACAAAUUCCAACAGCUGCUAUUACUCUUGAAGAUGCUGACUUAAUAAGAAGAUUAUACGAUAGAGGAGAAACUAUCGAGUUAAAUAUUAAAAUGUUUUCAACAUUUGAUAUUGGAAUGUCACGAAAUACAAUAAUCGAUUUAAAGGGUAUUGAAAAGCCGGAGAAACUUGUUAUUGUGUCUGGACAUAUUGAUAGUUGGGAUGUGGGACAGGGAGCCAUGGACGAUGGAGGUGGUCUGUUUGUUAGUUGGGCAGCUCCUGUCAUUCUUAAACGCUUAAAUUUAAGACCAAGGAGAACUAUUAGAUCUAUUUUCUGGACAGCUGAAGAACUGGGAUUGGUUGGAGCAUAUGCGUAUGAAAAGAAUCAUAAAGAUGAACUUUCUAAUAUUAAUUUUAUAAUGGAGUCUGACGAGGGGACUUUUGCGCCUCUCGGUUUGGCAGUUGCAGGCACCCAAGAAGCUAAAUGCAUUAUUGCGGAAAUUCUAAAGUUGUUUGAAUCUAUAAAUGCGUCCACAUUGGUAGAGGAAGAUAGUCCUGGGUCAGAUAUUGCCGUUAUAAUUAAAAACGGUGUCCCCGGUGCCAGUCUCCAUAAUGCUAAUGAAAGAUAUUUCUGGUUCCACCACACAGAAGGAGACACCAUGAAUGUGGAAGAUCCGGAUGAGUUAGAUCUUUGCACUGCAUUUUGGACUGCGGUUUCGUAUAUAAUUGCAGAUAUAUCCGUAGAUAUCCCGCGAUAAAAUAAAUCUUGUCACCGUUUUCUUUUGUCUUCGAGCAUACGUAAUUUAUGAAAUUGUUGUAUAUACAAAUAUGAUACAUCAACAGUGUUUCAUUUAAACGUAACUUAAAAUGUAUUUUGAAAAAAAAAAUACUGGAGCGCGGCAGCUUCUAUUAGCUAAAGACUAACAAUUCGUGAUACGAUUUCAAU